CCCGAUUGUGGAGAUAAGCCUUUCACUCGCUGUUGUACACACCUGCGAAGAUAAAGGUGGUGCACACCAUUGCUUGCACUGUUUGAUGUAAGCUUUGGGUGCUACAUGGACCACUCGUCUUCAUCUUCGAUCCGAUCACCCUCGAAUUCUUGCAUGAACCACGUGGCUGACCGUGCCGAAGGCGAAAACCCAAGGCAGAGGAGAAGGAGGGACCGGAGACGACAAAGCCAAAGUCCAUCUGCCGCAACCUCGUGCGAACCCUUCAUGUUUGGUCCUGAACUCCCGUUUUCACAGGCGAUUGCAUCGCCUCUGUCACGUAUCCCACUGUCGUCUCCCAUCGGACCUCCUGUCACGGUAUCCCUCGCAUCUCCCGUCACUGCAUCCCCGAGUAUGCCUGCUACGCCUCUAUUCGCUACACAGACACGUCCACUCACACUUCGUCGUGCCGUGCGUAGGAUCUCGUUUGGGAGUUUGAGGGCUACGAGUCCUGUUUUAUCUGGCAAGAGUGGGAUCCUCCCGCUCGGGAGUGCGUUUCAGCUUGUUUUGUUUCACUUUUGACAGUCUGGUCGUUCACAAGAUGCUUCUUACUUAUUAUUGUUUCUUGUUCUCAAUCUUCUCUUGCUGUCGCCUUUUUGAAAACUGAUCUAGUUUCGGUACUUUUUUGCGAGUUCUUAUCUGUUCGUCCUGUUC